AUGUCUAUCCCACCUUCCGGCACCCAACGCGCUGUACGCUGGUAUCCCCCGGCCUAUGAUAUCCGAGUGGAGACCGUGCCCAUCCCCCAAAUCUUGGAGCCCGAUGAUGCGAUUGUUAUGAUCAAGCUCGCAGGUCUGUGCGGGAGCGAUCUGCACAUCUAUCGCGGGCACGAGGAUGUCGAUGCAGACCUGACCUGCGGGCACGAGCUGAUCGGUGAAGUCGUCGCGCUCGGCGCGAGCUUCCAUCCCGGGGCGACUGACAGACCCGAGCUGUACUCGACUCUGCGCGUGGGCGACAAGGUCGUCUCGCCGUUCACGGUAUCUUGCGGCGAGUGCCAUUUCUGCCGCAUAGGCUUCACUUGCCGCUGCAUCCACUCCACCCUCUUCGGCAUCCCCAAGCUUCCCGGUGGUCAGGCGCAGUACACACGCAUCCCGAAGGCCGGCGGGACCCUAUUCAGUCUCAGCGCACUCGCUGCACAGGGGAAGGUCGACGCCACGAGCGUAUCAGACAGCUCGCUCCUACUGCUCGCGGACAUCCUGCCUACAGGCAUAUUCGCCGCCCUGCAGGCUCUGCAGCACCCCAAGAUCUUGCCGGUGCUCACGGGCAGAGCGUACCCCACCAGUGGGUUCAUACCUGACAGUGCGAUCAGCGGACAAGGUGCCACGACGCUGCAGAGAGCGGACCGCGUCUUGACCAUCGCUGUGGUGGGUUUGGGGCCGGUCGGCGUGUGCGCCACGGUCAGUCUGCUCGACAUGUUGGCGACGAUCGGCGUUCAACAAGGGCUGGAGUACAAUGUUGUAGCGAUUGACCCGAACGAGUCGCGGCGGCGCAAGGUGGAGGCGGUGUAUGCUGCGAUCGACACGACGAGCAAAGGCUCAGGAAGUUUCACCGUCGCGUCCAUCGACGAGGGCAAGCAAAUGGUCCAGAAAAACUCAAACGGUGCGGGCGCGAAUGCCGUUCUGGAGGUCGUAGGCAACAACAGUGCACUGAAGCUCGCGUACGAGCUCGUGCGCCCGUUCGGGCUCAUCAGCUCCGUCGGCGUGCACCAGGAGCCGCCGAUCCCUUUCACGGGGCGCGAGGUGUACGACAAGAACGUAUCGUUCGACUUUGGCCGUUGUCCAGUGCGCGCGAUGUUCCCCCUAGCCCUCGAGAUUCUCCUCAAGCGUCAGGACGUGUUUGGCGCCGUUGGAGAAGAGGCGAGCCUAGUGGAAAAGAUCGUCGGAUUCGACGAGGCGAAGGAGAGCUACGAGCUGUUUGAUAAGGGGGAGUGCGGGAAGGUCUUAUUCAAUCCGUGGCUCUGA